AUGGCUGCGGAUAGUAAAGCGGCCAACAUCUCCAUUACCACGGAUGAGGUAUCGUCGAGCAUCCACGACUCGGCGUCCAGCGACACCGAACGGCUUAGGGAACUCACGGGAUCUGAAGAAAACGGAUAUAACGAGGAGAAGAAUCCAUUCAGAGACUCGGCCGUCGCUCAGCACUGGAGAGAGGUGUAUGAAAAGUCACAAUACGAAUGUCGCCAUGUGUUUGAUCCGAUGUUGACCUGGUCGGAAGAGGAGGAGCGACGCCUCGUGAGGAAGUUGGACUGGCGAGUGUGUCUCUGGGCCUGUGUCAUGUUCUUUGGCCUGCAGGUCGAUCGUGGAAACCUUGCACAAGCUGUGUCGGACAAUAUGUUGGACGACUUGGGACUCGAUACAAAUGAUUACAACUACGGCAACAGUAUAUUCAGGAUUUCUUUCCUGGUCGCCGAACUUCCUUCGCAGCUUGUGUCCAAAAUGGUCGGCCCCGAUAGGUGGAUUCCCGUACAGAUGGUUCUUUGGUCGGUUGUUGCCAUUUCGCAAUGCGCAUUGACCGGUCGCACGAGUUUCCUCUGUACACGCAGUCUUUUGGGUCUGUUAGAGGGAGGAUUUAUUCCCGACAUUGUUCUCUGGCUGUCUUACUUUUACACAUCUCGCGAGCUGCCCGUCCGUCUUAGUUACUUCUGGACUUCUCUCUCAGUUACUGGAAUUGUGACAUCUCUACUUGCCUUCGCCCUGUUACACCUCCGAGGUGCCAAUGGCUGGGCUGGCUGGCGGUGGCUGUUCCUCGUGGAGGGCUUGAUCACCCUCGUUGUAGGUCUUGUUUCAUUCUUUAUGAUGCCUGCCUCAGCCGUACAGACCAAGACAUGGUUCCGGCCCAAGGGUUGGUUCACGGAUCGUGAAGUCUCUAUUGUCGUGAACAGAGUCUUGAGAGACGACCCAUCGAAGGGAGAUAUGCACAAUCGCGAAGCUAUUACGCCCAAGAGACUGUGGGAGACACUCAAGGAUUUUGAUCUUUGGCCUCUUUACAUACUUGGUUUGGUUGUAUUUAUACCUGCGAGUCCGCCAGCAACGUAUAUUACGCUCACGCUGAGGAAAAUUGGAUUUGAUCCGUUCACCACCAACUUGUUGACAAUCCCAUACAAUGUCUUUCACAUCAUAAAUCUUAUUCUCAUUACCCGUCUGUCAGAAUGGUUGAAUGAGCGUACCUUGGUAGCCAUGUUACAAGUUAUUUGGACACUUCCGUGUGUCAUUGCCCUGCGCUGGUGGCCUGGUGUUAUGGUUAAUCAGUGGGGUACCUAUGCUCUGGUCACUGUUUUGACAUCUUACCCUUAUUGCCACGCCAUCUUGGUUGGCUGGACAUCCAAGAAUUCCAACAAUGUCGGUACUCGCUCAGUAUCCGCUGCAAUCUACAACAUGUGUGUUCAGGUCGGCAGCAUCAUCUCGGCAUACAUAUAUGUCAAUGAUGACGCUCCGCUAUAUCACCGUGGAAACUUUAACCUUUUCAUCAUCAAUCUUCUCGCCAUUGUCCUCUUCCUUCUUACAAAAAUUUACUAUGUCUGGCGGAACAAGCAGCGCGACAGGGUCUGGAAUGCAAUGACUGAGGAGGCAAGGAAGGAUUAUGUCGCGACUACGAGGCUGCAGGGAAGUGGUCGACUAGAUUUCAGAUUCGCUCAUUAA